AUGUUUGACAGAGACCGCCUACUUCGCGCCUUUGAAUCUCAACCGCGCCAGAGAGGCCCCGAGUCUAAUCUACCAAACCCAGCUCAUCAGGCGACAAGUGUCCCGAUGUUCUCUCGCGUCACCAUCCGCAGUGACCUCCCCCCUAAGCUGAAGAAGGAACGCGGACGCCUUGCCGCAGAAGCUUAUCGACUCCGGCGGCAAGAGAAAGUUUCGACGCGAAUUCGUCUUGUCGGAUCCAAGACACCUUACAAGCAAAAAUUACGCGAAGGUCCAGGAUCAGGAUCAGAAAUAAGGAUCAACUUACGGAUACAUUUCUGGCCAUUCCAACGAGAAAUACCACUCAUUAACGCCAUAAAAAUGGAUGUUGUACCAACUGGAAUGCGAGGCCUUAGGGCGUGCCUAGUUUGCUCACUUGUAAAGACUGCUGACCAAUUUGAGACUGAUGGAUGUGACAAUUGUGCAGAGUUCUUACAGAUGAAAAACAACAGGGAUAUGGUAUUUGAUUGUACAAGUCCAACAUUUGAUGGUCUGAUUUCUUUGAUGAGUCCUGAAGAUAGCUGGGUAGCCAAGUGGCAGAGGAUAAAUCGUUGUGUCAAAGGAUGUUAUGCGGUAUCUGUAACGGGGGAGCUACCCAAAGGCAUGAAGCAAGAGCUGAAAAGCAGAGGAGUCAUCUACAAGUCAAGAGAUACGAGUGUCAAAUCAUGAUGAAACAUUGCAUCCAUUGUAAAUAUGUACAAAUACGAACGUCCGAAGGCGUAUCUAGGAGAAGACACACCCAGGAUAUCACUGAAAUUGAGCCCUCUUCCAACAGUUGACAUCAAGGUAUUAAAUGCUGAUGUGGGACUCUCUUUCAACAUCUAACACUAAUGGUCUCAAUGCUUGUUUACCAUCUGGAGUAAACGUUAAAUUAAGUUAUUUUUGCAUCCCCAUUUGGCAUUGAGACACUCGCCCCCAUUGGCCUCAAGAUAUGCCACUGUAGGCCAAUAAACUACUUCAUUCAAUAUUCACAUUAUUGACCAUCCUACAGUUAGUAUAUUUGUAGACCAUGCUUCUUUAGUAUCCAGAUUGAUUAAGUCUUGAAACCUACAUUUUCCUGCUUUGGAAAAUCAUGGACACUUAAAAGUUUGACAAAUAUGAAGUACAGGUACACUAGUCGUGCGUAUUUUCUUGAUAUUGGCACCCACUUGUGGCUUGUGUGCACAGUGCAGAUACAUUAUUUUAUUACCAUAUUUGUCUGUGUUGAAAAUUCCAUGUAAAAAUUUAAUUGUUUCUGUGGACAUUUAAAGACCUCAAUUUCUAAAGAUACAACAUCACCUUCAUUUCAUUAAAAGAAGAUAUUAGGCCUAUAUUGUAAACAGGCAGGCAUCUAUUUUUUCAUGUUGCAGUCUAAAAAAUGUAACUUAAAACUUGGAGCUUCAAAUUCAAAACUUUUAUAAAGGGACAUGUAGAAGCAUAAUCUUUUUUCAACUCAUUUUUUUUUCAAACCUCGAUGUGUGGUAGGUCUACUACAAAUCAACACCUUUUAAAAAAAAGAUCGCCUUGCAAAUUACAGAUAGUUAGUGUGGAUGAGUUGGCCCCAUAUUCACAAGAAUCAUAAAUCUUGAAUUGAAUACAGAAGAGAAAAGGAUCAAAAGGAAGGAAAUUCAAAGAAUUCAUAUACUGCUUUGAACCUUUCAUAUAGUUGUUAAAACUUGUACCAUGUUAGAAAUCCAGUAUUAAAAGUUUUAGAACAAUA